GCAACCGAACUAUGCGCAAUCGCCCCUACUUUAAUCUGAGGUCAAUAACCCGCCUUUUCUUCUUCUGUACAUCUCCAUAGUCAAAUGCCAUACUUGAAUCCAACAGCUCCCCCGGAGCUAUCAUAUACAUGCGCAAACUAUGCUAACUACCAAGAGGCCGUUUCUGGCUGAUGAAGAGUUGGGGAAGAAGGAUGACGACCAUCGGCCACGGAAGCCUUCGCAUUUUUGGCGCUCGUCAAAACAAUGGAAGCCACCACGACUGCGGCGAAUCGUACUUGGAGUUGCUGCAUUGUAUAUGCUCUAUGUCUUCUUUAGAAAUAUGCCCACCGAUCUUUCGCCUGCCCCGGAGCGGUUGAACCCUGCACUUGCAGAAAUGCGACAGAAAGCUGGAAUGUCAUGGUCUCCUCCCACACCAUCGUCCGCCAUCCCUCAACGGGGCCCUCCUCCACGGGACGAGUUUGCGCCCGAAGGGAGUCUUUACUAUGAGGGAAGCGUUCUCUUCCACUCGCUUGGUCAAACUUUGUAUAGGUUUCGCAAAUUCCCUGGUGCCCAUGGAUUGCCUGCCAGUCGUGCAGUUAUCUUUGCUGGUGCAAGUCUGAAAAGCAUCUCGGAUCUUCUCCCUCUCGCCUGUAAAAUGGCUUAUCAAAGGGCCAAUGAGGUUCAUCUUGUGCUCAUGGGGAGGGAUGGCGUCUCGAUUGAAGGAAUCCAGCAUGUAAAUGGCAUCGAUGACAGCGACUGCCCUAUCUAUUGGCAUGAUGGUCGGGUAGAUUAUGCGCAGUGGUCGACGGAUGCUCGCAUGGAGAGGGCUGUUGCAGCCGGGUUAGCUUACGUGCAAGCUUAUCUAUCUCCCCAAGCGGUGAUCACACAAGGCGAAUCUUUGGAAGAGGUGUUUUUCUUACAAGGUAUUGAGAAGAAGGCCCGAGAGCUCAGCACCACCCAUAUCGUGCUUCCCACCGCGGCUAGGGAUGUUAUGUGGAUGUCUUCCUUGGAUAGUCAAUCCCUUCAAGCGUGGAACGAUGUGCGCGUUGAGAUUCUGAUUCAAGCUCCUACCGAAUCCUCGGGGUCUUUUAUCAGAUUAAUUCGAUCCCUGAAAGAUGCGGACUACCUUGGGUCAGUGCCCGGCCUGACUAUUGAAUUGCCCCAUGAUGUAGAUCCGGAACUUCUCCAGUUUCUGAAGACGAUGAAAUGGCCUUCUAAUGCCUCGAACAAGGUCACUCUCCGCCGACGUGUGCGACAUGGCGUUUUGGAUGCGGCCGAAGCUGCUUUGAGAACUGCGGAGGCUUUCUAUCCCCAGGAUCCAAACAUGACCCAUGUGCUUAUGCUUUCCCCGCAAACAGAGUUAUCGGUCUCUUUUUACCACUACCUAAAGCAUACUGUGUUGAAAUACAAAUACUCGGCAAACGCGGAACAGACGGCAUCUGACCUACUCGGAAUAUCAUUAGAGCUUCCGUCCUCACUUCCUACUAAGGAUGAAUCAUCCAACUCUCCAAUUAUUGAUACCUAUCGCCCCGCGAGCUUAGAUGAAAGAGAGGCCAUGCCUGUCUCCUUGGGACAGGUUCCGAACAGCAACGCCGCGUUAUAUUUCGGAGACAAAUGGGUCGAGUUCCAGUCCUUUAUUUCAGAGCGGCUUGCCAAGGAAGAGACUUCGUCUCAUGAGAAGGUCAUCUCGGAGAGAUAUCCGGCUGUUAUGGAGUACUUACUGGAGUUCAUGCGCGCAAGAGACUAUUAUUUACUCUAUCCAGCUGCUAGCGGCACUCAGACUCUAGCGACUGUUCAUAGUGACUUAUUCCAAAUCCCGGAAGAAUAUUCUGAAGAAGGCUGGACCUAGUCUACCAAGUCUGACAACGUUGACGACCGGUCCAACCGAACGCGAAACCGUCUCUCAAAUACUUUUGUACACUUUCUUUAUGAGUACUGGUAAGAGAUACCCCUGCGGUAUAUCAAAGUUAUUGCACGGUAUUCUGUGUACCUUGAAUGUAAAAUCAAUUAGAAGGCACGAAGUAUUUGUGAGUGGCAAGGAGAGAUGAUGGAUGAUGUACAUGAUACUUACUAUCUUCGACAGCUUUAUGAUGUCCAUUGAGGUACCUUUAAGCAACCUAUUCUUCUGGCCUUUUACUAGUUGGCGGCUCGAAACGCGAGUUGUUUCUGUUAUAUGUUUCUUUUUUGACCAGGUCCAGAAAAGGCGCUUC